GUCCGUUCCUCUUCCACCCCACCUAACCCAACCACCCUUCUGCCUCUUACACACGUUUGCAUUAUGAGGUAGCGAUUUUAUUGGAGAAGCGAGCGAGAGUUACCGCUCAGCUAACUCCCUUCUCCCAACCUACCCGUUUCCGUCUCCCGAUCGAUCGCUUCAAAUCAAAGCAUAGAAGAAUUUCCCCAAUUUAUUGAUUGGGAAAGGAAAUAACUCCGAUUCGUUCUCUUUCUUCCGCCCCUUCCUUUCCUGCCCUCUUCAUUUCACUUCAAAAUGUCAAGCUUAGAGGAGCCUUUGGGUCUCGACAACAUGCCAAGAUUGAGUGUUAUAGGUAGGCUUCAACACUGCACUUCCACUGCUUGCAGGCCCAGGGUCGAUGAAAUGGAAAUGAGUAAUUGCCUAAUUGAAGGCAGAGAGUGUAGCUCUUCUAACAGUUGCACUGAAGAAUAUGGUUGGAGAAGAAAACCAAGGGAUAUGUUUUCCAGAGAUUCCUUAAUUUGGAAAACAUCACGUAAUGAUAGGAAUCAGAUGAUAUUCAACAAGUUCUUCAGAGGUAUGCCAAGAUAUGUGAAAAUAGUAGAAGUUGGGCCUAGAGAUGGUUUGCAAAAUGAGAAGGUCAGUGUACCUACAGCUGUAAAGGUUGAAUUGAUACAAAAGCUGGCUUCUUGUGGCUUAUCUGUUAUUGAGGCCUCAAGUUUUGUUUCUCCGAAAUGGGUUCCACAGCUAGCAGAUGCAAAGGAUGUCAUGCAAGGAAUUAAAGAUGUACAUGGUGCCAGAUUUCCUGUCUUAACUCCAAAUCUGAAAGGAUUUGAAGCAGCUAUUGCAGCUGGUGCAAAGGAAGUUGCAAUUUUUGCAUCAGCUUCGGAGUCUUUUUCUAAGUCCAACAUCAAUUGCAGCAUUGAAGAAAGCCUUACCCGUUAUCAUAAAGUUGUUACUGCUGCAAAAAAACUUGCAGUACCUGUUCGUGGGUAUGUAUCUUGUGUCGUCGGGUGUCCUGUUGAGGGAGCAGUGCCUGCAGAAAAGGUGGCAUAUGUGGCAAAAGAGCUUUAUGACAUGGGAUGCUGUGAGAUUUCUCUUGGUGAUACCAUCGGAGUUGGUACUCCAGGCACUGUGAUUCCAAUGCUUGAAGCUGUAAUGUCUCUCAUUCCAGUCGACAAGAUUGCAGUUCAUUUUCAUGAUACUUAUGGCCAAUCACUCUCAAAUAUUUUGGUUGCCCUCCAAAUGGGAAUCAGUGUAAUUGACUCAUCUGUCGCUGGUCUGGGUGGAUGCCCCUAUGCCAAGGGAGCUUCUGGGAAUGUUGCUACGGAAGACGUAGUCUACAUGCUUAAUGGCCUUGGCAUAAAAACCAAUGUGGAUUUAGGCAAGCUUAUGGCUGUUGGGGACUUCAUUUGCACGCAUUUGGGGCGUCAGUCUGGAUCAAAAACUGCCACUGCGUUGAGCAAGAUCACCGCAGAUGCCUCUAAGAUUUAAUGUGAGAUGUCAAAAGUGAACCCAUUAGCUUUGUUAUCUACCAGAGGGCUUCCCUCCUACAAGGGUUUAGUCGGAAUAAUAAAUGUUUGUAUUCCUAAUGAAAGAAACUAUAAACAUCUACAAUGUAUCGGAAAAUGUUCUAAAUAACUAUAAAAUAAUUGCAAAGUCCAUAUCACCAAUGAUAUGAAA